UGCUGCUCUUCCCUCAGGUUGCAGGUCUAUGGAAAUGCAGGAUCUAACCAGCCCGCAUAGCCGACUGAGUGGUAGUAGCGAAUCCUCCAGUGGUCCCAAACUCGAUAGUUCUCAUAUAAAUAGUACUUCCAUGACUCCCAAUGGCACCGAAGUUAAAACAGAGCCAAUGAGCAGCAGCGAAAUAGCUUCAACAGCAGCAGACGGGUCUUUAGACAGUUUCUCAGGUUCAGCUCUCGGAAGCAGCAGCUUUAGUCCAAGACCAGCUCACCCGUUCUCUCCACCACAGAUUUAUCCUUCCAACAGACCAUACCCACAUAUUCUCCCUACCCCUUCCUCACAAACUAUGGCUGCAUAUGGGCAAACACAGUUUACCACAGGAAUGCAACAAGCCACAGCCUACGCCACGUACCCACAACCGGGACAGCCCUAUGGAAUUUCCUCCUAUGGCAUCAAGACGGAAGGUGGAUUGUCACAGUCUCAGUCGCCUGGACAGACAGGAUUUCUCAGCUAUGGCACAAGCUUUGGCACCCCUCAACCUGGACAGGCACCGUACAGCUAUCAGAUGCAAGGUAGCAGUUUUACCACAUCGUCAGGAUUAUAUGCAGGAAAUAAUUCACUCACCAAUUCCUCCGGAUUUAACAGCUCACAGCAGGACUACCCGUCGUAUCCCGGCUUUGGCCAGGGUCAGUACGCACAGUAUUAUAACAGCUCGCCUUAUCCAGCACACUACAUGACAAGCAGUAACACCAGCCCAACCACACCGUCCGCCAAUGCCACUUACCAACUCCAGGAGCCCCCUUCUGGCGUCACGAGUCAGGCGGUCACAGACCCCACAGCAGAGUACAGUACAAUCCAUAGUCCGUCAACACCCAUUAAAGAGUCUGAUUCCGAUCGACUGCGCCGAGGUUCAGAUGGGAAGUCACGUGGUCGAGGCAGGAGAAACAAUAAUCCCUCACCGCCUCCGGAUUCUGAUCUUGAGAGAGUGUUCAUCUGGGACCUGGAUGAGACCAUCAUUGUUUUCCACUCCUUGCUCACGGGGUCCUACGCCAACAGAUACGGGAGGGAUCCACCUACUUCUGUUUCCCUGGGACUACGGAUGGAAGAGAUGAUUUUCAACUUGGCAGACACACAUCUAUUUUUCAAUGACCUAGAAGAGUGUGACCAAGUCCAUAUAGAUGAUGUUUCGUCAGACGACAAUGGCCAGGACCUGAGCACAUACAACUUUGGAACAGAUGGCUUUCCUGCCGCAGCCACCAGUGCUAAUUUAUGCCUGGCAACUGGUGUCCGAGGUGGUGUGGACUGGAUGCGAAAACUGGCCUUCCGCUACAGACGAGUAAAAGAGAUCUACAACACCUACAAGAAUAAUGUGGGAGGUCUGCUUGGCCCAGCUAAGAGGGAAGCCUGGCUCCAGCUGAGGGCUGAGAUUGAGGCGCUCACAGACUCCUGGCUGACCUUGGCCCUGAAGGCCCUCUCCCUCAUCCACUCCCGGACGAACUGUGUGAAUAUUUUAGUAACGACUACCCAGCUCAUCCCAGCGCUGGCAAAAGUCCUGCUAUAUGGAUUAGGAAUUGUGUUCCCAAUAGAAAAUAUUUACAGUGCAACUAAAAUAGGAAAGGAAAGCUGUUUUGAGAGGAUAAUCCAAAGGUUUGGAAGGAAAGUAGUGUACGUUGUCAUAGGAGAUGGCGUGGAAGAAGAGCAAGGGGCAAAAAAGCAUGCUAUGCCCUUCUGGAGGGUCUCCAGUCACUCAGACCUCAUGGCCCUGCAUCAUGCUUUGGAAUUAGAGUACCUGUAACAGCCUCGUGCCAAUUUGACACUGCACAACUGCCCUGUGGCCAGAGAUAACCCAGCAGGCUUGUCUUCUUGUGUCAGUGCUGGACUCCAGGAUGUACCAAUUUCAGCAUGUGGAUGCAUGGCUGCUGCAGACUUGACCCUCGGAGUUAGUGAAGGACCAUGUGUAUUCUUCAGAACAGCUGUUGACUCUAGUACUGUGAAUCCAGUGAAAGUAAGCCAUGAGAAUGUUCUCGCACAGUGUGGAAUGUCUCGGCUACAUUAACUACAUGGUUCAAACCUGUGAAGAAAAGACCUACAGACACUUUGGUUUUCAGCAAAUGUGACAUAAAUAACGUCUGCGGCCCAGCAAACUUGACCCCACCAAAAAAAGACUGACAUGUGACUGACAUGUGUCUCCUGGACAACCAUGGAGCUAUCUUUUCAAAGGUUUACUUUUUGGUGUCUCCCACCUGGGGCAAUCUGUACUUCAUUACUUAUUUAUGAAAAAGACUUUGGAAAGACAGAUUUGCUGAGGUAUAAUUCAUAUACCAUAUGAUUCAACAAGACAGACUUCUCAGCUUCAAAUAGUUGAAGAGAUGAUAGCAUAAAAAAUAAUCAAUGAAAGGCCUUGGCCUGACAGUACAGCAAGUACUUUGAAUUUUAGCACAUUGCAAAAUAGUUUAAAGUAUGUCUAAUUUAAACGUGUAAAAUGUACAUCACUGAGACAAUCAUGUACAGAAAGAAUUUUUGAUGUAAAUUUGUAAUAAUGGAUGAUUCUUAUACAUUCUGUUUAGGAAAUGCUAUUAUGAGGUAAAAAUGCCUUCCUAGGAAGCUCGGGCACAAACUCCUGCAGUGCCUUAUCUAAGGAUUGGGUAUAAAUAUUGUAGAUAAUGGAUCUUUUUGAUAAUGUUAUCUAAGACCAAAAGCAUGAAUGUCAAGUGUCAACAAGGAUUUUAUUUUCUCAGUCUUUUAUCCCAUCCAU